AAAAGCUGAAGCAUUUACAGAACGUAUAGAAACUACAAGAACUUGUCAACGUUCACGUUGACCACGUCGAGCAAAAUGGUGGCAAGGAUUGUUCUCCUUCUUCGUGGGCUUCUCUUCCUCGCAGCAGCAACUGCAGCUGGUGCGGACGGACCGGUGGAAAUCGAGCAGUACCUCGUCGUCUCACAGCCGGAGUUGGCCCAGCUCUCGUACGUGCACUUGAACCCUCCUCUUGGUGUGCGAAAGGCCGCGAAAGUUUUGGUCCGCGAAAAUCUCUCUCGACCUACGGGGCUCGCUAUCGAUCCAGAAAUAUCACGUCUCUACGUGGCCGACCCUGGACAGCAGAAAAUUCUGUUUUACGGCCUUUCACAAGCAAAAGAGGGACGUCUGACCACCGACGGCAUCGCAAAAACCGCGGUGGACAAGGUCGAAGCAGAGCAUCUGGCCGUGGCACCAAACGGGGAUCUGUUUUUUUCGGGUCAGGUUAUCGUGGAAACACCAGCUGCCACACCGCCAGCGACUGCCGAAGGAGCCGCGUUUCUGGAGGCACAGCAAGAUGACCACGAGCAAAAAGAACAACAGCACGCCGGGAAUGUUUUGAAGGAAAUCUUGGGAUCGCCCAGACCGUCAUUGACGCCUCUGCCUAGCAGGAGGCCUCUGCGGACGAGCGACACCAGCGAAGAACGGCAGACGAUGAGAACCACAAGACUCGCACCGCCGUUGUUUUCGUUCGCGAACAGUGCAACGAACAAGAUCGUGAAUGAAAUAUCUUCUCCAAGAACGGGUCGUCGUCGUCCACAGUUAGACGAUUUUGAUCCACAGCUUGGUACCACUUUCCAAUUUUUGCAAGUUGGAGCAGAGGAAGCAAAGGGCUCUUCUGACGCGAAUUCUGGCGCGAAGAAUAAGACAAUGACGACGGAACUUUUCAGAGGCAUCUUCAAGCAAUCGCGCAAGAAGAUUGGCGGCGGGGAGAAAUUUGAUCCUGCGCUGGUCUGGGACCGCACCUCGUCGGGAAACAAAGUUUGGGCCCCGGGGGCCGUGGGAACGGACGACCUAGAUCUCUACUUCGCGAACGGCGACCUCGGCUCCGCCCCGCCAGACGCAAAAGCGCCAGCACUGGGAAAGUCAAACCUGCCCGACAGUACGCUGAGCAGUUUUGAUUCGGGCGACGCUCUGCAUCACAAGGACCCCAUGAUGCGGGAGCAUCGCGAGUACGGGACGGGUGACCGAAAGCUGACGCGCGAUGUCUUUCUGUCCGCCGUACCUGCCACGACAGCACCGCCGCCCAGUCUCUCGUCGCUGACCACUGUCGCGCACAGCCUGCCGUUUUUCCGGGUCAGUCCGAGCGAGAAGUCCCUGGAAUCACUAGUCAAAGCCGACGCAAAAAUCGGAGCGGAACCGGCACGGGUAGAGGUUCUUUUGGCACGCCACAUGCUCGAACAUGUAAAUUGUUUAUUCAAAAAAAGGAAUUCAAUUUGAAAUUGAAUUGAGAAUGUAUCGAUAGGCUAUACUGGUCGGUGUGGUGAGGCUGAGUAUGAGUCUGCACCUGUAGCGAUAGGAAUGCUGCACGCUACAUCAAAAAUCAAAGUGAUGAGACUGAAAAGGAGAGAAAUCAAGAGUUACUACAUCUCUUUUUCUUUCUAUCAGGGCCUCGCCAUCGGCAGGCGAUUGGCGUUCUUUUCUAGCGGGGACGCGGUGAUCGCGCGGGAAAAGCUCUCUGCUGUCUUGGACGAGGAGGACGCUUCGGAGCAAGGCGAAAAGAUCGCGAAAACAGUGCUUGCCCCGGUCAAAGUCAGUGCAGACGCCAUCAGUCCGCAGGGUCUUGCCUACGACGGCGAGGGGCAGAUUUACCUCGUGGACCGAGAGAAGACCUGCUACGAUGGGAAAGGCGGCAUUUACAAGAUACCGGCCGGCGAGCUGCACCAGCAUGAGCUCGAGUUCCUCGCGUACGUGGAGAAACCCAGCGGCCUGGCCUACAUCACAAUGGAAAGUUUGAACAAGAAAGGUGCCGCCUUUACCGGCUCCGCGAGGGGCUUUUUGGAUACGCUAGCGGCAAUGUUUCGCUAG